AUUAUGUCAACACCCCGUCUACCCGCACAUCACGAGUUGAUACCCAGUACGCAAGGCUGAAUAAAAUGUAGGUUAACAGACCACGAAACUGUGCAUAGCCCCGAGAACACUGACCGUGGUAACACGUCAGGCUGAUUGCUUGUGUUGGCCUUAUUGCUGAUAGCUGCUGAAAGUUGUUGAGGUGCACACCUUCCAGCAUGACGGACUCACGUGAUCCCGAAAGUGACGUCGCGUCUGUGAAGGAUGUUGAGAUUAAAACUGAAGCUGAUGACAACCUGGACUUCGAAGAUAACUGCUGGACUUCUGCAAUCACGCGUCUUCAGAAUUCAGUCAAUGGAUUCUAUGAGCAGCACAAGGUUAAAGUGGCCGCUGGUGUCAAGGGUCUGCUGUUUCUGCUUUACCUGGCCUACGUCGGUUAUUGUAUGUACCACAAAUUUGGAGACGAGGGGUCUAUUCGCCUACUCGUUGGAACAGUAUUUGCAGUUCUCUACCUUUUAAACGGAACAAUCAAACGUUUCUGCAAGCUCCCAAGCCUUGAAAGAUGCACAUCCGUUUGGGGAGGGAGUAAAAAGGCUCUCUCAGUGCGACGAUGGAUCAGAAGGAGCCUGUACCUACUGGUGAGUGGCGCUGUGGCUCUGUACAUUGGCCUGGACGUGGUCAGGUACAACCCCCAAAAUAUCCAGUCACUACUGGGGGUGGGCGUCCUCGUGGUUUUUGGAUUUGUCUUCUCUACCAGUCCGGCCAAGGUGAACUGGCACCCGGUGUUCUGGGGCAUUGCGGUGCAGUUUGUGUUUGCCUUGCUAAUUCUGCGGACGUCUUGGGGUUAUGGGGUGUUUGAGUGGAUUGGAGAACGCGUAGAGGAAUUUAUAGAUCACGCUGACGCUGGAGCACAGUUUGUGUUCGGGAAGUCCUUCGAGGAACACAGGAUAGCUUUUGCUGUGAUGCCAGGGGUGUUGUUCUUCAACGCCAUGAUAAACGUGUUGUACCACAUAGGAGUACUCCAGCUGGUCAUGAAGAAACUGGGAUCGGUCCUGUCCUUCUGUCUAGACUGUGGGCCAAUCGAGUCUGUGGUGUCCUCUGCGAAUAUCUUCAUAGGGCUGGCUGAAGUGCCUCUCUUGGUCCGACCAUAUUUGAAGCAUCUAACGGAAUCAGAACUUCACGCCAUCAUGACGUGUGGUUUCGCCAGCGUCAGUGGUGGGAUCUUAGGAUCAUACAUCGCACUCGGAGUUCCCGCCAACCAUCUGUUGUCCGCUGCCGUGAUGUCUGCACCAGCUUCUCUCGCCAUCACCAAACUCAUGUGUCCAGAAACCAAGAAGUCCUACUUCAGAGAUGGAGUGAAAAUGGAUCUAGGGCUAGAGCAACAUCGCAACGUCCUCUCUGCACUGUCAGCCGGCGCCGUCGAGUCCGUCAAAAUCAUCGCCAACAUCAUCGCAAGCAUGAUUGCCUUCGUCGCUGUGCUGGAGUUCGUUGACCAGACCCUGGAGUGGUUCGGAAACCAGGCUGGAGUCCAUGGCUUCACGUUUGGGCUAGUUUGUUCCUAUGCAUUCUACCCCAUCACCUACAUGAUGGGCCUGGCCAGCCAAGAUUGUGGGAAGAUGGGGGAACUGUUGGGUAUGAAGAUUUUUGGCACCAGUACCAUCAGUUUCGCUGAACUCGGGAUACUGAGAGGCAACCGUCUCCAGCUUCUUGACUAUGUGGGCACACAUAACGAUACUUGGCACUGGCAGGGUGGCGAUGUCAUACUCGAGGCGACCAAUCAGACGCUCCUUGGUGGCGUCUUGGAAGAGCGAACUGAAGUUAUAGCCACCUACGCUCUCUGUGGGUUCUCCACCGUCACCGCUAUUGGUAUUACAUUGGGGACACUGGUUCCUAUGGCACCAGAAAGGAAACAGGAUAUCGUAAGACUCGUCAUUCGAGCUCUUAUCGCUGGAAACCUAGCCUCGUUCAUGACCGGCUCAAUUGCAGGUUUGAUGUACACCGGGCAGAAUCAGCAGUGACCUUUGAUGCAAUGACCAUCCAUCCUUUUCCUCUCUCAUUCACUAUGCUCACUUUAACGGUAACGUCAUUCUUGGCAGUCUAGGGUGUUUUCGUUUAUGGGCGAGUGGUAUCUUGUUACGGCGUUGUCAUAUCAUUGUGCGUCAAUAUUUGUUGUUUAACGACGCACUCCAGGACUUUGACCAGACAACCCAUUGACUGCCAAACUACAAUUUAUUAUGACAGGUUAUAUGCUUUUUUAUGUAUGUUCAAAUAAGAAACUGCCGGCUACAAGAAGGAAU